GGGGUGUGUGGGAGGAUCUGCGGCAAUGCGACGACGCGACGGAAGACUACUUCAAGGACAAGCUGUGCAUGUCGCCAUGGGUGUUCCGGGAGAUAGCGGAAACUCUGUCUCCCUUCCUUCAACGGUGUGUGACGUUUUAUAGGGAGCCCCUCCAGCCUGACCUCAUCGUAGCGUUCGCUUUGUACAGAUGGGCGUCGGGGGAGACGUACGAGAGCGGGACGUGCAGCUUCGGCAUUGGCAGAAAGUGUGGGUUGGUGGCUGUGCGGGAUGUUACGUCUGCGUUGCUGAGUGCGUACAGCGACAAGACAUCAUGGCCAACGGGGCUGCAAAAGGCGGUCGUCUUGCGCGCUUUCGCUGACAAGGGUUUCCCCAACUGCCAUGGCUGCAUCGAUUGUAUCCACAUCUUCAUCGACAAGCCAGCCAAUUGCCCCGGAGAGGACUACUACGACAAAAAACGUCGUUUCUCCGUCCAGGCUCAGGUGGUCGUCGAUCUGAACUUGCACGUGCUGGAUGUGUUCGUCGGAUACCCGGGGAGCUGCCACGACAUGAGGAUCGUCCACCUGUCUAGUUUGUGGGCGCGUGCGGAGGCAGGGGAGAUUUUCACUGGGCCACCUGUCAUGCUGCCUUUCGGUGUGCGAACGAACGACUAUCUACUGGGCAACAACGGUUACCCCCCCUCGGAAUGGGUAGUCGUCCCCUACGGCGGUGUAUCGCAGCACCCGUCGGAGACUCAGUUUGACAACAAGCAGAACACGGCGAGGGGAGCAGUUGAGAGGGCUUUCGGCAGAUUGAAGGGGAUGUGGAGGUUGUUCCUUCGCUCCCACAAAACGAACAUGGACACGUUGCCGCAGCAGUUCGUCGCUGUCUGCAUUCUCCACAACAUACUCAUCAACGCGGGCAUCCCCUUCGACGACAAUCUAUUGUGGGAGGUCGGGCCGGACGGUGUUCGUCGAAGGGUGGACCUUGGGAUGCACCGCCCGUUGAGGCAGAUGUGCAUGGAGUCGUCGACGGGGGAUGCGCUGAUCCUGCGGGAUGCACUAGCGGACGCAAGACUCACCCGCGGUGACGAUGACAAGCUGGACGACGAGGGCGAGGAUCUACGGAAAGGCGACGGUGGCGGUGAAGACGACGGGCGAAAAGACUUGCUCGCCGAGGAGAAUGUCGCCGAAGACGACUGCAAAGAAGACGCAAGCAGUGAAGAUAAGUACGUUGGCGACGGACGUGGCGACGAUGGCGAUGACGACGACGAUGUUGAACAAAAAGGCUCGAGGGCGACGAUGGCGAAGAUGGCGCGGAUGCAGGCUAUGAAGGCGUCUCGAGUGGCACAGACGCCUGCGACCAAAAGCAGAACAAGCGCGGCGGGCGGCGGGGACUGCUUGAGGUAGAGAGAGAGAGAGUGUUGUCGUGCAUUUGCACAGAACGCCCGCGUCCUUAUAAACACGUGUCACGUGGGGUGGACGGCAGCAGGGUCAUCGAGGCGGGCGAGACGAAAGGCGAAGGGUCGCGGGCAACGCGGACGUGCAUCCGUUGCGCCACCGCCCUUCGUCCCGCCUCCCCGUCGUGGAUUGUGGACACGGAGGGACCCCACAUGCCGAAAUUAUGCCCUCACAAACAACUCCACCCCACUCUACCAUC